ACAACGGAGCGCUCCGACUGCUGCGCGCGCCAGCUAUCAGACAAUCAGGACCUGAACCUGCUCUCAGCUAUGACCCCGCUGCUCUCUCUACCUGGAUUAAUUCUCAACUAACCGCUGUUUGUCGCCCCCACCCUCCUAUUACUCCAUCAGCACCCGCAGCAGCAGCAGCCUCCUCUCCGGCUCCUCAGUCCUGUCCCCCAGACUCAAACUCUCUGCUUUCUUCUGCGGUCAUGGGGUGCGUUAUGUCAGUUUUUCCUGGGCUGCUUAGAGGCUUGACCGCGUUGUGAGCCGGAUACCGGGUGGAUUUAUGCCCCGCAAAGCCGCGACUACCAGCCGAGGGAAAUUAGUGGAACUUUGAGCUCCGGGAGGAUGCAGGUGACGUGUUGGUGCGCCGUGUUCCUCCUGACGCCUGCACUUUGCCUGGUAUCAAGUGCUCAUGCCUCAAAGUCGGACAUUGUGAAGUCGGGAAGCCCCAAAUCCACACUAAAGCAUAUAUGGACAGAAAGCAGUAAGGAUAUGUCCAUCAGUAGGCUGCUGUCACAGACUCUACAAGGCAAAGAGAACAGCACAGCCUUGGACCUUCGCUAUGACACUCCAGAGCCCUACUCUGAGCAGGACCUGUGGGACUGGCUGAGGAACUCCACGGACUUGCAGGAUUCACGGCCGCGGGCCAAACGGCGGCCCAUGGUCAAGACGGGGAAGUUCAAGAAGAUGUUCGGCUGGGGGGACUUCCACUCGAACAUCAAGACGGUCAAACUCAACCUGCUGAUCACUGGAAAGAUCGUGGAUCACGGCAACGGCACCUUCAGUGUCUACUUCCGCCACAACUCCACAGGUCAAGGCAAUGUGUCUGUUAGCUUGGUCCCUCCAACUAAGAUAGUUGAGUUUGAUGUGGCAGCGCAGCAGUCCGUCAUUGACGCCAAGGACUCAAAGUCCUUCAACUGCCGCAUUGAGUAUGAAAAGGUGGAGAAGGGAGCCAAGAACACGCUCUGCAACUUCGACCCAUCCAAGACCUGCUACCAGGAGCAGACCCAGAGCCAUGUCUCCUGGCUCUGCUCCAAACCUUUCAAAGUCAUCUGCAUCUUCAUCUCCUUCUACAGCACCGACUACAAACUGGUGCAGAAAGUGUGCCCGGACUACAACUACCACAGUGACACUCCCUACUUCCCCUCCGGCUGACAUUCCUGUACGCUUACCUACAGGAAAGUGGAUGAGUAGAGCACAGACUGGGGCUUCUACCCACACCAGAGAAAUGUGUUUGUUAGCAGUACUAUCCCUGAACAUGUCCAUACCGCAGUGUUGAAAAUUUUCCCAAUUUAAUGUUCUAAUUUUUGCAGACGAUGUUUAAUUUUACUGUUGAGGUGGUUAUCAGGACUGUGAUUUGUUUUAGUGUGAUUAUUAUCAGUUAGAGAUUUGUUUCCUACCUCUGUUUUGUCCCUGUUGAACCAUGCCUAGAUAGCAGGGGCUUAGUCGUACCUCUGGGACUGUUAUUUCUGUUCAGCUUUGCUCCUUUUUGUUGUUCGCUCCAUGUUGAGUUCAAACUUAUUUUCCAACUAGUUGUUGAUUACUUCGUUUUCCUCUCCAAGCGACAAUGCGUUAUCUCUCUGGACAACAACACAUGGACUGUUUACCCCUGCUGUGCUAUCAACGCUCUGCAGUUUAUCCUGCGUAUCUGGAAACAGAAUUAACUCCUCAUUUAAAAAAAAAAGAAUAAAAAAAGAAUAAAAUCCUCAGAUAUUUCUACCAAACCUGCAAGGCAGCUGAAUAGGACAGUGAUGAUUCAAUGUGAUGCUCUUAGAAAUCUAAGGUGGUUGUACCUGGGAGCUGAAACUGAGCUGGCAUCACCUCAGACUGUCAACCUUCAGCUGUUGUCAGAGUGAUCCUGCUAGUCCAGCUAGUUGUUGAGUAUGUUAGGUGAAUGGUUUGUUCUCAGCUGAUUGAAUGUCUGAUCACCUGACGAUUGAUCUUUGGGUGGUUCAUUGGGGGAAGGGGCUUGCUCAUUGUCACUUAAUAUAUCAAAUGUAAUGUAUUGAAUUCUAUAUCUUAGAGCCUAAUUUGUAUGAAUGGUUUGUAUUGUAAAUAGUUUACCCCAAUUGCGCUGCUUAUGUACAUGCCCCCCCAUGAGCUGUGUGUUUCCCUCUUGUUCACUCCAUUUAUGCUCGUUAUUGGUUCCUCUAACAAAGAAAAUGAUGUUGCUGCCCUAGAUGUGAAUUUCAUGAAAACAGCAAUCCUGUACAGAAGCUGUAAAACUGACUAAAUAUAUUAAAGUAUUCCUUGGAAGUUUCUUUAUUGGGGUGGUGGGGUGGGGUGGGGUGGGGGUUGGAGAUGUACAAAUGAAUUAAAGAUUACAGUAAAUUUUAUCAAUUG